AUGGAAGCGGAGGUCUCUGAGGAGGAAGGGUCUCCCUUGGAGGAAGAGCAGAAGGCGCAGGCCCUGGAGUGUGCCCAAGAGGCCCUCUCACACGAAGGCACGGAUACACAAGAGGCUGCGCUGGAGACAGACGAAGGGCUGGAGAGUCUCUCAAGAGGAUCUCCACACAAUGUUUCCUUCCCGAAUGAGCUGGCUGCCAGUGAGUGUGCUGCAUCGUUAUGUCAACGGGAUGAGCAAAGAACAGCCACGGUGGAUUUCAACACCUUUUCUAAGGAACUAUCAGCAGGAAAUGGCAAGGAGUCAGUUGGGAAAUCUCAGGGAUUUUCACAGGAAAAAGCCAAUAAUGAAAAGGCAGAAGGAAGCUUCAAGAAUCGAGGUGGACCACAGAAGCAGGAAGGAAGCUGUAGAGAAUGUGGAAAGAAAUUCAAUCAUCGUAGCCAUCUUCAACAGCACCAAAAAACCCACACAGGGGAGAAACCUUUCGAAUGCUCAGAGUGUGGAAAGGGAUUCAGUUGGAGUAGUGAUCUUCAAAAGCACCUGAGAACCCACACAGGGGAGAAACCUUUUGAAUGCUCAGAAUGUGGAAAGAGAUUCAAUGUGAGUAGCGCUCUUCAACGGCAUCAGAGAACCCACACAGGGGAGAAGCCUUUUGAAUGCUCAGAGUGUGGGAAAAGAUUCCAUACGAGUGACCAUCUUCAACGGCACCAAGGAACGCACACAGGAGAGAAACCUUUUGAAUGCUCAGAGUGUGGAAAGAGAUUCAGUGACAGAUGCGGUCUUAAACAGCACCAAAGAACCCACACAGGGGAGAAACCUUUUGAAUGCUCAGAGUGUGGAAAGAGAUUCAGUCAGAGUGGCAAUCUUCAACAGCAUCAAAGCAUCCACAGUGGGGAGAAACCUUUCGAGUGCUCAGAAUGUGGAAAGAAAUUCAACCAUCGUGGCCAUCUUCAACAACACCAAAGAACCCACACAGGGGAGAAACCUUUUGAAUGCUCAGAGUGUGGAAAGAGAUUCAGUGACAGAUGCGGUCUUAAACAGCACCUGAGAACCCACACAGGGGAGAAACCUUUUGAAUGCUCAGAAUGUGGAAAGAGAUUCACUGUGAGUAGCGCUCUUCAACAGCAUCAGAGAACCCACACAGGGGAGAAGCCUUUUGGAUGCUCAGAGUGUGGAAAGAGAUUUAGUCAGAGUGGCAACCUUCAGAAUCAUCGAAGAACCCACACAGAAGCGUCUUCCACCUCAGGAAACGCAGCUUCUUUCUUCACGGAUGAGGCCCACAUCUGA